GGCCGCGGAGCCGGGACGGGGCCGCGGGGCAGCGCCGGGGCCGGCGCCGAGCGGGUCAUCACGGAAUAGGAGGGGACAGAAUUCUCGGAGCCCACCCCACGCUGGUCUGUUGUGUUGUGCUCCUAGCUCUGCAGUGCACAUCCUGACCUUUCUGCUAAAUUCCUGUGUGGUGUCAGAAUGUGGACGAGGUGCUGGCUAUAGGGGAAGCCCCAGAACAAAAUCAGGGUGAAUUAGAGAAAGUGACUCGCAGAGCACCUUGGCUGUAUGAACUCUUGAGCUGUCAAGGGACUGAGAGGCUUAUGAAGAGGUUCUGUCAGGCAAAACAGUGCUUAGCAAAGACACCAAGGAGGAGGGAAAAGGAGAAAGGGAGGGAGAGAGAGCUGAAACACUAACAAACCAUGAGAUCGAUCCGAUCUUUUGCUAACGAUGACCGCCACGUAAUGGUGAAACAUUCAACCAUUUAUCCAUCUCCAGAGGAGCUUGAAGCUGUCCAGAACAUGGUCUCAACAGUAGAAUGUGCCCUUAAGCAUGUCUCUGACUGGAUGGAUGAAAAGAACAAGUCUGCAAAGUGUGAGGGUGAUGUGGAAGCCAAGGAGGAAGCUGCAGAAGGCUCUGCCAAGGAUCAAGGUGGUCGGACGUUGUGUGGCGUUAUGAGAAUUGGCUUGGUUGCAAAGGGCUUGCUGAUCAAAGAUGACAUGGAUCUGGAGCUGGUUCUCAUGUGCAAAGAAAAACCCACAAAAACCUUGUUAUGUAUCGUUAAAGACAAUCUCCCAGCUCAAAUUCAGAAACUUACAGAAGAAAAGUAUCUGGUGGAGGAGCAUGUAAAUGAGGCAGCUAUUGUUAUCCAUAACACAAAGGAGCCCAAGCUCACUUUGAAGGUGAUACUCACAUCCCCUCUCAUCCGAGAUGAAGCAGAGAAGAAGGAAGGAGUAGAUAAUGUUGCGAUGAAAGAUCCUCCGGACUUAUUGGACAGGCAGAAAUGCCUGGAGGCCUUGGCGUCUCUGCGGCACGCCAAAUGGUUUCAGGCCAGGGCAAAUGGACUAAAAUCAUGUGUAAUUGUGCUUCGUAUCCUGCGGGAUUUGUGCAACAGAGUCCCCACAUGGGCGCCGCUGAAAGGCUGGCCACUCGAGCUUAUAUGUGAAAAAUCUAUAGGUACUUGUAAUAGACCUUUGGGCGCUGGGGAAGCCUUGCGACGAGUGAUGGAGUGUUUGGCAUCUGGAAUUCUGCUUCCUGGGGGCCCGGGCCUGCACGACCCCUGCGAGCGCGAGCCCACGGACGCUUUGUCUUACAUGACAGUUCAGCAAAAAGAAGCCAUUACACACAGUGCUCAGCACGCUCUCAGAUUAUCAGCCUUUGGGCAGAUCUAUAAAGUUUUGGAAAUGGAUCCCCUCCCAUCAAAUAAGUCAUUUCAGAAAUAUUCCUGGUCAGUAACUGACAAAGAAGGUACAGGCUCCUCUGCUCUGAAGAGACCGUUUGAAGACACUGUCGGGGAUGAUAAAGAUCCAAAUAAAAAGAUGAAGCGUAAUCUGAGGAAAAUACUAGAUAGUAAAGCAAUAGAUCUCAUGAAUGCUCUGAUGAGGCUGAACCAAAUCAGGCCAGGGCUUCAGUAUAAGCUGCUGUCACAGUCUGGUCCAGUCCAUGCCCCAGUCUUCACAAUGUCUGUAGAUGUUGAUGGUACGACUUAUGAAGCAUCAGGACCUUCUAAGAAAACAGCCAAGCUCCAUGUGGCAGUGAAGGUUUUACAAGCGAUGGGGUAUCCAACAGGUUUUGAUGCGGAUGUGGAGUGCGUAAGUUCUGAUGAAAAAUCAGAUACUGAAGGUAAAAAUGAAACAACGUCUUCAAUCUCAAGCAAUAAUAAUACUGGCAAUUCCACAGCUGACACCUCCGCUACCCUAGAGGUAAGAACUCAGGGUCCCAUACUCACAGCAAGUGGCAAAAACCCAGUGAUGGAGCUCAAUGAAAAGAGGAGAGGUCUGAAGUACGAGCUCAUCUCCGAAACAGGGGGAAGCCACGACAAGCGCUUUGUGAUGGAGGUAGAAGUAGAUGGGCAGAAGUUCAGAGGUGCAGGCCCAAACAAGAAAGUAGCAAAAGCAAGUGCUGCAUUAGCAGCACUUGAAAAACUGUUUUCUGGGCCUAAUGCAGCAAAUAACAAGAAAAAGAAGAUUCUUCCUCAGACUAAAGGGGUUGUCAAUACAGCUGUUUCUGCAGCAGUCCAGGCUGUUCGAGGCAGAGGACGAGGUGCUUUAACACGAGGGGCGUUUGUUGGGGCAGCUGCUGCUACUGGAUACAUAACACCAGGCUAUGGAGCACCGUACGGAUACAGCACAGCGGCACCAGCCUACGCCAUAUGCACUUGUAUAAAAUAAGCAGAAAUGUAGUGACUGUAAGCUGAGAUCGUGAUAUAAAAGGAUCUAGAAGCUCCAGCUGCCUUAUGCUGCUUUGCAGUUCGUGAGGUGUAGUGCAGCAUCACCUUGAACACAGAACUUCUGAAUGCAUCUGGUUCUGGCAAGAGAGAGAAAAGGUAACAAUGGAAGAAAAUGUCCUUCUCCAGUUUUAGAGGUUAGAGCAUCAUAGACAGAAGUUGGAGGGAAAGUUGCACUGCCUUUUCCAAGUCCAUUAAGACAGUCUGUGGUAAAACCAGGAGGUUUAUGUGUGCUGGGGAAAGCCAGCAACCUUGUGUACUAUGAGCUGGGAGAGCUGGGAUUACUUUUUCAAUAGUUAGUGAGAAAUUAGGUAAGAGGUUUAAGCUAUCCUUACAGCAGGCUAAAAGCUGCUAAUGAUGUUGCUAAAGGAGAUGAAUUUAUUUUUUUCUGCUUAGUAAACAAGUCCAGGAUUGCUGGAUUUCCAGAGGAGGAAUGUGAGAAAUCCAAUGGACAAAUUUUGUUUCCUGAUGCAGUCCUACCCAAAACAGGGAGAUAGUUCCAGGCAGUGUACAGAGCAUGCAACUGAAUUUUGGGAGGAAAAGGAAUAGUAGUAAUUUCCUCAGAAGGAAUAGUAGUUAUUUCUGCAAUGCCCACAGGAUUCUAGACAAGCUGCCUUUACACAGAGGAGCAUGGCAACAAGGAAAAGCAGAUACUGCUCCCACAGUGACCAGUUUAGGUCACCAAUAUUGGUGUAACUCCUUAUGACAAAGUAGGUUCAUCUUACCAGCAAAGUGUAUUUUGAUAUUGUAUCCACUUCUAUUUUUUAAGCUAAAGGGGAGUUAAUCAUAGCACUCAUCUGUUUCGAUGGGAGUAGAGCAGAAGGUAAGUUUUAACUUCAUACUUUGAAGCUGCUAUGAAUAGAUUAACAGUGUUCCAUGGAAACAACCUGAUGUACUUCUUUAUUUUCCUGGAGUUUCAUUUCUGUGUUCUUGCAAAAGCACAAGCUUGCAGAAGCGUAAUCAAUACAAAGUUACUCAGGGUACUGCAUCAUCUCAGCAGUGGACACUAACUGCAUCUUAAGUCAAAAGGCACACAUAAAUCAAGCUUAAUUAAGAGGAACAGGACAUCUUGGCAAGUUUUGCUUUUUUACUGGCACUGCUACAAUUUAAUGAUCUAUGCAUACUGAAAUGUGUGUAUUGCUGCACUCCCAACAGAAUGUGAGUCUUGUAAGGGUGUCCUGAAAAGUAACAAAGUCAGGGCAAGAGAGACAGUAUUUAUUCUUCUGUCAUUAUUUUCACAAAGAACUGUUUCUAAGCAGAUGGAAAGUCAUUCUGCUCAAAGGAGAAUAACGGUGGGCUAGAGAACAGCAUUCAGAGUAGUACAGCUUUUGGAAGGUUAGUGAUACUAUGAAUCUAAUUACAAAAAUUCUGAUUUGCAGUACAGAUUCUUUCCUGUGUUUUUAAUCUCAUAUCACUGUUUCCCUGCUCAAAAUAACAGGAUAAAGACAAGUGUAGUUUUCUGGUAACACCUAUUAUGUGGAAAUCCACAUACACUGGAAGAAAAGGGAGGCUGUACUGCAGAGAGCACAUUCAACUACAGAGCCAUUCUCUGGGCAAUGCUGCAUAAUUUAGGAGUGGGUAACCAUGCCUUCAGGGACAACAAGACACAGAGCAGAUGGUUGAAAAAAAAAUCACAGAAAAAAGCCUCCAAGCUUUGUCCAGUCACACAUUUACCCGUCCCUGCAAAAGGGGACAGGUACAUUCAUACACGCAUAACGAGUUUUCUGUCAGGCAUCACAGAGGUCCUUAAGGACAAAAGUUUUGGAGCCAGUCUCCUUUUGGACAGAAAAAGGAGGAAGUUGACUCUGUCUUCCAGUUCCAAGGUGCAGUGUCUUAUUUCUCAUCCUAACCCUAAGUCAAUAUUUAUUGAUCAAACUGACUAAGCUUUUUAGGCCGACCAGCUCUCUACGAAGCAAUUCUGUUCUCUUGAGCCUCUGCAGGGGCCAGUAACUGGUGCUUAACUACUGCUUCCACUCCGGAAUGUCACCGUCCUCCAGCUGCCCCAGAGCCAGGCUGGGACACUUGCACUUCUCAGAGGGCAACACUGCUGGGGGUGGGGGCUCUCCAAAGCACUGAAGUACAACAGCAGAGCAAGUCCCAGUGGGCUGUAUGCUUUUAAAGUCCUGUCCAGUUCUUAGUGACAAAGUUGAGCAUGAAACCUGUACUGCCAAAUCUAGCAGCCCCUUGCUGAGAAGGACAUCAAUGGGAAGCAGUCUCAGAAGUGGAGAUUUUCAGGAAAGGCUGGUGCUUUCCAAGGCCAACUCACAGGCUUUUUUUUAAUGGCUGAAUUUCCACCCACCAAAAAUCAUCAUCAACCAAAUAAAUUUAAAUUGCUGUUAAUUUGGGCUAAAAUAUCCUUUGUGCAACUCAAAGCACCACCAUCCAUGCAUCUAAAGAAUUCCUAAGCAAAGACUCCUCAGGAGGCAGAGCCCUUCUGACAGGAAAUUUGGCAGUGCAGUCUGAUUUGACUUUUCUGAUGAUAAUUACUUCUCCAAGACAAGGCAAAAACAGAGGCAGUGCUUUGGGGCAGUGUUUCAUGCUCAGCAAGUUUGUAGAGGGAAGUAAUGCAAUUCUAUAAAUCACUUGUACUGUAUUUGUUUCUAGACUUGAAUGAAUUUCACUUUUCCUUUGUGAGUCAGAGUAUUAAACGUUAAAGAAAAGGUCUAUUUUUCUAAAUCUCUUUCACCAAUAGAGGUCUGACCUGCAGCCAAGAGAUGGAUUUAUUUAUCCACAGAGGAUGGAGUGUUUAUUUUUGAACUAAGAUUGGAUAUGGCAUUGAAUAAAACGUAUGACCUAUAAACUACCUAAACCUUAAAUACUAUGAACGAAUUCCACAAAUGAGUAAUAUGGUGGACGAUUCCAUCUUUCUUCCCAAUAAAUCUCUCUCAAAGAAGUUACCCAGAAUUAAACUUCCAAAUGAAGUACAAGAGAUCCUUGUGGUCUAAUUACAGACUACUUUCAAAAUACUUCCGUUUUCUCCCAAUUUGUAAUCACUAGAGAACAAUGAUGACUGAACUAUUCCCAACUAUAAAUAAAGCAAUUUCAAAUAAAGUAAUCUGGCAACAACCAUGGCUAUUUAUAGCACUAAAAAUGUAAUUUGAACAUUCGGAUUUUCUUAAUUUGGUAGCAGUUGAGUGGGAAGAAAAAUAACUGCACAGUGAAUUUUAAAUUGAGCUGUAUCUACUCACUAGCCAAAAAAAGCGUACAGAUGUAAAGGGAACGCUCUCUGUACCUUCAGUUGCUUCCUCCCGUGCUGCUGUACCCCGUACACUUGGCUUCAUUUGGCUUCUGUGCUGUGGUUUGUACGCCAGCCACUGUUACUGACUGUACACAACACGAUCUGCACUGUAAUCUCGGGUCAUUUCCACUGGUUGUAACCCAACACUACAGACUUCUCUGUAUAUAAAACUGGAACCAUGUCCCAUUUGCUUCCAAUAGCUCCAAUAAAGACUUAUCUCUGUAAA